AUGACCAAAUCAGAUAUCUCCACAACUACUGACAAAUAUGAAGCAUACUUCAUACCUGCUAACGUAAAUAAAUCAUUUAAAACACGUGAGUUCGAGAAUAACUUCAGUCACGAUGAAAAUAUCACGUUCGCUGAUCAACAGCUCACUGCUAAUUAUGUAACGGGCAAAAAACUUUUGAGCCAAAGUCUAAUACCGCCUAAUUCCAAGUUGACAGCUUGUGUAACACAACAACAAAAUAGUGAGACUGCAUCUAAUAGUAUUAAACCAAUCAAGAUGAUCAGCAAAUUACAUCUUGCUGAAAGAGAAGGAAAUGAAUUUGUUCUAAUUGAUGAAAUAAACAAAUUUAAAGAAUUCCUUGAUAUUAACAGCAUCAUACAUACUUAA